AUGAAGUUAAUACUUGCUCUCCUCGGCUUUGCUGUUACUACACAAGCCUACCUACGGCGAGACCUUACAACUGGACACUACUGUCUCGCGUGCUGCGGACCGGCAAGCCACGGAUGUUGUAACGACUGUGGUCUUUCAGAAUUCGGUCAUCACCAUUUGGAUGAGUUAGCUGUAUCUAAGAGGAAGGUACUGUCCACAAAGAGUUUCAUUGAUGAUCUGAACGCUGGACUGCAUGGUUUGAUUCCGCAAUUUUCCGGACCGGAUUCGGCUUGUCUUGAUUGCUGCGGAAACUAUCCGUGCUGUGGAGACUGUGGAAUAGAUUCAUCCAUCUUCGGCCACACUUAUCCAGAUAUUCCAGUUAUCGGUAGUAGCUUUGGUCACCAUGGUAGCACACCCGAACCACAUUCACCGGAAGAAGGAAGCUAUGGCACCGGAACUGACGAUCUAUUUGGGGGAUUGAAUCCGAUCUACCACGGAUCCAUGGGCAUCCAUCCAGAACACGCAUACUAUGAUACUGACAACUAA